AUGGGCAGGGACGGGGGGGAGGAGGCGGCAGGGCGGACGGGGCGGGUGGAGGAAGCGGGACAGGCCGCGGACGGCGGGAACAGCACGUGCAGGGGACGGGGGGGGGGCAGCGAGGGACGGGGAUGGCGAGAGGGGACAGCCAAGGGGCAGGGGGACGGGGGGGCAGGAGGGGGCAGGGGACGGGCGCCGAGCAGAGAUACGGGCGGCAGGCGACGGGAGCCAGGGGGAGGGGGAAGGGACGGCAGGGGCAGCGGGGACGGGGGAGCCGGGGCAGGGGGACGGGGGGCAGGUAGGGGCAGCCGGGACUGGGGGGCAGGGUCACACGGCGCAGUGCGAGGUGGGGACGUAGGCCAGGGGCAGCGCAGAGACGGCGCGAGACAGCGGGGAGGCAGGGCAGGGGCGCAUCGAGCGGCGGGGACGAGCGGCAACAAGGGGCAGCAGCAGCGGGCGGACCGGGGGGCGGACGGAGAUGAGGGGGCGGCAGGGGACGGGGGGCGACUACGAGAGGGGCAACACGGGGCCCGGAGGCGGAAGGCAGAGGAACAGGCGCGAGGCGGGGAGGGGGAGGGGGAACAAGGGCCCGGCCCGGCCGGCCCGGAGAAGAGAGGCCGGGACGGCAGGCGGACCGCCGGCCCCAGGGAGUGGCACGGGGCGGGCCACAGGACCCGGGAGGGGGCGAGGCGACCUCAGGGCGGGGCGAGGCCCGCAACCCAGCGGGGACGGGACGCCAGGCAAGAGGCGGCAAGAAAGGCAGAGGGAGAGGGGGAGGAGAGGGGACCCCGCAAGAAAGGGGCAACCGCCGGGAAGGAGCGGGAGGAGGAGGGGGGCGCAGGGCCAACUCCGCGCGAGGGCGGGGAACAGGCACGCCGCGCAGCGGCGAACGAGGGGAAGGAAAGACAAACGAACACAGGGGACCAAGGCCAGAGGGCGGGACAAAAAGACGCAGCAAGGCAGAGGGGGGAGCGGCGGGGCGGCGGAGAGGAGGGGGGAGGGGGGCACGCAGGCCGGGAACGGCAGGGCGGGGAAGAAGCGGCGGAGGACGGGAAGGAGGCCGCGCGGACCAACGAGAG